ACUUUGCCCGGCGCAAACGUGACUGCUUUUCGUGUGACACGGCUGGGAAAAUAGUUACAACGGUUGUUACUUGAGGUCAUAUCCGGAUCAAUAUUGUUCGAAGAUGAAUUGAUGCAAAAAGUUAAGAAGAAGAGGAGCAAACGGACUGUUGGGAAAUUUAAUUUCAAUUCAUCGUGGUUUUGGUUUGUGUUUUAUAAAAAGUGAGUGUGAUAACUUUUCACUAAUACAAUCGUCUUAAACUGCGUAUAAGUGCCACGAGUUUCCAGCUGAGUUUAAUCGGUUCUGAUUUCGGUGCUUGUGAACUGUUCAAGUGUUCAAAUGAAGUGCUUGUUAAACCUGUCAGAUUAGUUUUAUUGGUGGGAAUUACAACUGCCAUGCUGUUUUGUGCUGCGACGGAGAAAACUCCGUCGAGAUAGAAGUAACAGCUGUUGCUUGAAAGAAGUUAUUACUCACUACAAAGUGAUGUGGGAAACAAAACAAGGAAGAGCUAGUGAAAAAUAUGCGUUUCUGUAAGACGGAAAGCAACGAGCAGGAAAACGCAUUGUGAAACGCUCCCGAGUGUGGUACGAUGCGUUUGAGUGCGACUGAUUUUGUUGUUUUAGUCUGACAGUGCGAUAAAUGCCACGUCUAUUUGUUGUUUUUCUGACCACGGAUAUAAAUAAAUCAAGUAACAUUGUGCCACAGAACUUGGGAACAAGCGACUGCGAAUGAUUUGAAACCGAUUUAGUGACGGCGGACAAUUCGAUGGUGUGAAAAGUCGCCCACGCAAUUGUCUUGUGGAAAGCCUGUUGCUCUCAUCUAAGCACGUGGUAUGGAAAUGAACAUUCAACUAGAAACAUCGUUAGAAAACAACACAAAAAAAUCACCUAAUUCGGAGAGGUCGAAUCAUGCGCGACAAUGUUCGUGACCAUUACGUGUGGAGCGCAUUCAGAGAGCAAAGGAAAAUUUGGUGAAUAUCGGAGCGGAGUGAACGCAUGGUGUUUUUGCCUAGAGAUCAAGCUGUCGUAAGCACGAGCGCCGUUGGAUUGCAACUUUGUGUUCUUCGUGGUGAAUGUGCUUGGAGCGUUUCAAUUUCCUCCACAGAGCUAACAAGGCCUCUUCAACCACUGCACGGUAGUGAAACCACUAUUCCCUACUAAAUUUAGUCUGGAGAGUAAUGAAAAUGGAGAAAAAAGGUGCUGGUGAUGCAACAAGUGGUAGUGUAGUUUGAGUGAAAAUAGUUGUAACACAUUCUAGAGUUGUGCAUAAGAAGCAAGAAAAAGCGUUCAAGUGGGCUGUGAGCGCAAUAAGGAAAAAAAAAGUUGUGCCAGUGGCAUUUUUCAUACCGCCAGCCGGCGAUUGGUGAUAAAGUUUGCAUUUUUUGCUGAAAUCGAUUCGCAGUUGCUGCAGGGAAAUUUGCAACCUUGUCGAAAAGUGAUUGUUCAUCCGGUUUCCACGUUUGGCAACGAAGUGACAAGGAAAUCCGAACGACGAGAAGGAAUCUGUGGCGAUGUCGUCAUAUCGUAGUAACUACAGUUUCACGUCCGAACCCUCGAGCUCUCGGUUCAGUACGCUGAGCUCUGCCGGUAGUAGCAGUUAUCGACCAACGUUUUCCAUUGGUAGCUAUCGAGCACCACGCACGACUUCAAAUGUGUCGACAUACAUCAGUCGGUAUUCUAGUUUAGCCACCGAUAAAGAUAAGGAACGAGAAAAGGCGAAAGAGGAAGAACGAAAAAGAGAGCGAGAGCGAGAGCGUGAACGUGAGCAACGGGAGAAGGAACGAGAAAAAGAGAGAGAUCGUGAGAAAGAGCGAUUGAUUGAGACAUCGAAAAAGUUAGAAGCUGAGCUCGAGAAAGAUAAGCCUAAACUCAUCAAGAAAUCUGCCUUGAUUGCUGCAAAGUAUGGAGAACGCCAUGCAGACACUGAAGAUACGUCAAAAACAGGUGUCAAAGCAACAGCAACAAAGCCAAAAAAGGAGAAUGCACCUCCCGUUACUUUUACGACUCGCUAUGGACGGGCAGGUGUGGCGCGAGAGAAAUCAAGAGAGCCGAGUCCUGCAACCAGAGUGAACUCCUCGUCAAAUUUAAAUGUGAACCGAUCGAGAGCUAGAGAUCCAAGUCCUGCUGGCGGGCCAAUGACAAACAUAAUCAAAUCUAGAGAUCCUAGUCCAGCUGUCGAGAGCAAACGUCCAGGGGGAUACGCAGCGGCCAUUGCCAAUAAAUUUACUGCCAAAGAAAAUGGGAACCAAACACCGGUCAAAGAAUACAAGAGGCAAACAUCAAACACGUUGAGUAGCUUUUUCCAAAACCGGGCACGUUCAAGAGAUCCUAGUCCUACAGUGCGCACACAAACUUCCCGAGAAUCAAGUCCUGUUGAAACCAAAAGGGUAGUGGCAAAGUCAUUCACUGGUAGAUCAAGAGAUCCCAGUCCUGCAACUCCCAAAAUCAAUAUAACAAACGCAAAGACGAUGCCUACUGCAAGUCAUCGUUCUAGAGAUCCAAGUCCAGCCGAACCAAGAAAAUUCACCAGCAGCAUUUCCAUGAAAACUGGCCUACGAUCAAGAGAUCCGAGUCCCGCCGCUGAGGUGAAGAAAGUACCCACUUUUGGUGCUAGCAAACUUAGAUCAAGAGAUCCUAGUCCUGCAACUACCAGAUCAGCCCCUUUUUCCAGUACUGCCGCUAGACAAAGAAUGCAAGAUGCUGGAUCUGCUGUAGCUAAGCAUACUCCUGCGUACACCAGAUCUCUGACUGCCAGGGAAAAGCCAACAGAAAACCUAACACUGACUGUGCCUACCCAGAAAAAAAGAGAUGCUAGCCCUAGUAUGUCGAACAUCAGGAGUCGGGAUCCUAGCCCUGCUAUGCAUUCGACUACAGCUAGACGACCUUCCAGAGAUCCUAGCCCUGCUGAGUCCAUCCGAGAGAAGUACGGUCUCAAUACUAGUUCAUAUCGACCAUAUGGUAGAAGUAAUUCUAGUCUUGCUAAUACGACAUCUAGAAUUGCACUAAGCUCAAGCCCGGCCCCGACAAGUGGUGGUGUUGCCCUUUCUUACAUGACAUCCAGUGAAGCAAUCGCAGCAAGAACGAGUCGACCAUCAUCAAGGUUAUUGAACUCUCAAUCGAGAGAGACUUCACAAUGUCCUUCUCCGCUGCUGAUACGGAGUCAAAUAUUUUCACCAGAACCUAUACUGAUUGUGGAAGAUGAGAAAAAGCCAGACGAGGCUGAAGAAGAAAGUUCAUCUUCUUCUGAAAGUAGUUCGUCGGAAGAAGAAUCAUCUGAAGAAACCGAAAGCAGCGUGGAACCCGAGCCAAAAAUCUUAAUCGAGAUAACAUUGGUUACGCGUGGUACUUCGCCAACCCCGCCGGGAUCUACACCGUACAUUAGGGCGAGGCGUGCGGAAAUGUGUAAAACCAUAGAGAAAACUAUUCAAAAACAGCUACGCAUCGUGGACACAGCUGAUAAAGCGGUGCAAUCCGAUAGAAUGGAUGAUUCUACCAAGUAUCUGAGAUACAAUCCAUCAACCACCAGGAAUUGGUCACCAUUCUUAGACAAAUUUAGCUCCAGUGCUUCUUCCGGGUACACCAGAUAUUCCAGUGCUUCGUCACGAUACAGUCGCGACAGUUCUAGCCAAAGUAGGGAAACCAGUGUCGUUUCACCACGUAGUGACGUUCCGGAAAAGAAAGAGAUCUCAACUUUGGCAGCCCGAGUCAAAGAAAUGAGUUUAUCGAAAUCCUCUAGCCCAAAGAGCAAUGUACCCAGUAGGUCAUCCACUAGUACACCAUCUAUAAAACAAAAGACUCCACCGAAACAAAAAUCUCCCGAGAAACCACCACCUGUGCCGAUAAAAGAUGGUUCGCCUAUAAAAUCGGCAGCGAACGCGUCGAAUACCAAAAUCAACAAAGACUUCCGAAAAUCUGCUCUCAAUAUGGGGCCAGCGCCAGAGCGCCCUCGCAAGGGAUCAACUUCAUCUAGCAAAUCAACAUCUUCCACAUCUUCUUCCUCAACGGCAACUCAAACGGCUGACAGCAUGCCUCAGAAUGGUGUCAGCCGGAUACCACAGACAACGCGAGCCAGCGCCAGCCCUUGUCGGCGUUCGGAUCGCUCUUCAUCGACUAGCUCAGACCUGAGUACGGCAACCUCUUCAUCGACUUCUGAAGGCGAUGGACAACCCAACCGGUCAAUGAUAGAUGAGCAUGGAAAUACAGUUACUGAUCCAUCCAGCUCUAAUAACGAGCUAUUGAUGAGAGCGAUUCAGUUGGCGACGAACUUUGUGAACAAUCAGAACCGAAAUCACACCAGUUGGUACGAUAACAACAGUACGACUAGUAUGCCGGAAAGUUUGAACCAAGAUUCGGCGCCCAAAUCGGGUUGGGAAGCUGGAACGCAUUACAUGGAGAGUAUCAAGGAUGAUGAUUCCACUGAGGAGGAAGACGAAGUAGAUGAAACCGACAGUGCACAGAAGUCUGAUCUUCAGCGAGCGUCAUGGUGGAAUCCACCAGCCAAACAAGAACCAGAGGCGCCGGCAAAGAGCUACGUUUACAAAAUAAGACCCGUGCAAUCAGGUGAGAAAGCUUGGUGGAUGGCAGAUGAUAGCGAAAAGACGACAGAAAAUAAUACAGAGUCUACCAAACUGACUAACGGUAGCAAUAAUAAAGCUUACAGUCCAUUUAGGCCCAUUCAGACUGCUCGGGUUGAAACCGGAGAUAAACCGUGGUGCUUGACCGACAACGACUCUAAAAUCAAUAACGGAAAUGGUCGAUCUGUUGAGCGAGAGCAGGAUAACAAUGAAGAUAGCGAAAAUUAUGAAAAGAAUGACGAAGACGCUAUGAACAGAAGUCAGAGAUCAGGCAGCAUUUUCAGCAAUUCUGGCAGUCAACCAUUCAAACCGAUCAAGGUAACUAGAAUAGAGUCAGGAGAAAAAGCCUGGUGGAUGAUGAGCACUGAUAAUGUGGCUUCGAAAGCGAAAGAAGUUUCUAGUAGUGAUUCAAGUAAAGAUGCGUCAAAAGAACCCAGCCCAGAAAACAAGAAUCCUGGAUACACUGUGUAUACAUUGGAAGCAGAAGACGAAGCAUGGUGGCGGGAAGCAAUGGGUGAUUUGGAGAAAAAUGAAAAAUCAAGCACAACCACCAGUACGACUAGUAGCAGUAAAGCCACUUCUAAAGAACCCACUCCUGAACCUAAACAGCAGAUUAUUAUCACUCGGGAUGGAUCGGGUGAAAAAGCAUGGUGGAUGUUGAGCUCAGACAAGAUUAAUGAAGCAGUAGCAACAGUGGCACCUAGCAGCGACGGCUCGGUUAGAGAAUGCAGUCCUGUCAAGGCUAAACCAUUCAAAAUUACCAGAAUAGAAUCGGGUGAGGCACCCUGGUGGAUGACCGAGACAGAAAACACACUAUCAAGAUCUGGUUCAAAAUCCAACGUAGUAAGUCGAUCAAACAGUUUCAACUCCAAGCAAACAAGCCCAACCAAAUACAAAAUCACACGAGUGGAGUCUGGAGAAAAAGCUUGGUGGAUGGAUAACACAGAAGAAAAAGGCGGAAGUCCGAGGAAACUUUCUUCAUUUAUUGAAAAACACGGCGAAGAGGAGACUCAUCAGACAGACGUGGGUGACGACCUGGAUGAAGAGAUUAGAAAUAUCAGUAAACUUGUAGCUGGUCUACCAGAGUUUCCCACGGGCAACACUAUCAUCGAAGUGGUUGAGACAACGGAAACUCCUCUAGGCGAUCGUGCCAGUCCGGAAGGGGUUGAAGAUAGCAAAAACGAAUCUGACCGGUUGUCCCCUUACGAUAACAUUCCCGCAAGCUUGGAGCCCAAAGUUUACAACCAGGUGGAAAUGGAUCGCAAAGCUGCUAUUUCCCAAUCGCCAAUCUUCAUUUCACGUCACACCAACAUCGACGACUUGUUGGGCGGAUCUUGCCAUCCGUUAAGCCCCAUGAUGGACCGAAUGUUUGUGAUGGACGAUCUGCAGGAAAUCUCACCACAUGACGUGCGGGUUCACGACGCCACGGCGCAGUUCAUUUAUGGCAACAGAUCUACCACCGGUGGUGAUCCUACAGCCGAUGAUGAUCUGAUGCAGAAAGCAGGGUUGGACGAUGCAGCACUACAAGUGUACAAAGACGGCGACUACGGGGCGUAUCUGGAUUUGGAAUCAUCGCUGGCCGAGCAGUCCGAGGAUAUCGAGGGGCUGAAUGCAAAUCGCAAAAAUUCCCUAGUCGUGCGAACACAACUCAGCGUUCGGGUUCACUCCAUCAUAGAAAAACUUCUAUCCUCGGAAGGACGUGAGCUGCGGAGGGCGCUAUUUUCGCUGAAGCAAAUCUUCCAGGAAGAUAAGGAUCUGGUCCAUGGCUUCGUCGCACUGGGAGGGCUUAAUUGCCUGGUACAAAUCGGCAAUGAGGCGGAUCAAAAUUACCAAAACUACAUCCUGAGGGCGCUGGGGCAGGUGAUGCUGUACGUGGAUGGCAUGAACGGUGUCAUGAAGCAUUCGCCCACGAUCCAGUGGCUUUACUCGCUGAUUGCAUCCAAGUAUCGAUUGGUGGUGAAAACGGCACUCAAAUUGCUGCUGGUAUUCGUGGAGUACUGCGAGGGCAACUGCUAUCUGAUGGUCAGCGGCAUUCGGUUUGUGGACACGGCUCGAGGUGUGGUGCCCUGGAAUAACAUUAUGAAACUUCUAAAAGACUACGAAAAUGCUGACACGGAAUUGCUCAUUUACGCAACUUCGCUCAUCAACAAAACUUUGUCCGGCCUCAGCGAUCAGGAUAGUUUCUACGAUGAAAGCGACUUCCUCGAACAGCAGGGUAUGGAAGGCAUUAUCCAACGGUACAUGUCCCGCCCUGGCACAGAUCUCGAUCUCCUUGAUCAACUACAGCUUUACGAAACGGUGUUGCGGUUUGAAGACGGCGAAACGGAUGGCAUUCGAAUACCGGACAACACCGUAAGGAAAACGCUUCGAUAUCGUUCGAACGAAACCAGUGAUAGACGGAAGUCACGGAGGCAUAGCACCGGUACUGCUCCGUCAAUGCAGCCACCUCCAGUUCCUCCUCCACCUCCACCAUCUGCACUGCUAGGAUUGCCACCUAGUAUUCCGCCCCCACCUCCACCACCAUUACCUCCACCAGUGGCUCCAGUCGCACUGUACGGUUCCUUGAAAAUACCAACUCAGCAAAAUCAGGAUGAAGAUAGUUCCAGUUCAGCCAAUUCGGGUGAUCAUCUUCACACUGGAGUCGGCUACCACGACAACUCUCGAGACACAACCGGGGUGACACCAGGUCUGCGAAGGAGACGUGAGCGAGCAGAACGCCAGAAGAGCUUCAUGCGAGAACAGCAAGAACUUACGCAGUUCAAAACUCAGGAAGACACGAACGGUCAUGGUUAUGUUCUAACCCAAACGGCUGCUCCUGUGCCGGUGCGACUCCGGAAUGGACUUGAGCCUCGCACUGCGCGAUUGAGCAGCUUUCCACAACAUCAACCACCGCAGCAGCAGCAAAUUCAGCACGCCACGAUUAACGAGUACGAGCCUCCGUCGCGGGUGUCCAGUCUUACUCAAUCUGUGAUCUAUAAUCAUAAACAUAGUUCCACUAAUAGUAAUCUUAGCAAUACCAAUGAUCUCGGAGUCUCGAAAGGAUCCUCGAUUUCCAACGGCGUAGGACACGAUACGGUAGAGUACAGGAACAAUAGGAACAUAUUGCUGAACAAGCAUAACGGAGUAAGUAAUGGACACUACAACGGUUCCAAGAUGGAUGUCAAUGGUAACGUGCCGAACGGAAGGGUUCCCAGUCCCAAGGAGCUGGACGAAAACGAGAGUCCCAAUAUCAAGAAGAAUGGAAACUACGGGGAAAUCAAUGGCUAUGGCAAUACCAAUGGGUAUUCCAUGAAUGGCUUUAAGCAACAGAAUGGAAAGGACGACUAUCGGAAGAGUAACGGGUAUGUGAAUGGCAGUGUUACGACCAAUGGGAACCACGUGGAGCAAAAUGGAAAGCAGGAUCCUACGCAAGUUGAGUCGGACAGCGAAGAAAAGAAGCUAAUAAUCCAGCUGAAGAAGGAUCACACGGUCAAAGACCUGACCCAGAAGCUUUCGAACCUGCCGCUGAGCCCCCAGGAGGACAAACCCCAGAACCGGAUCGGCGACAUGUCAGGCUUGAUUUCUAAAGCCAAAGAAGGGCUGGCCAAGAGCAAAAGCAACAAGGACAUCUCCCGGUCGCCGAGCGUGGACAGCGACAUCAAAAAGCUGGCCGGCGAGCAGAAAAAGUCCGAAAACGAGCUCCACUGGGAGGAGAUUGUGAAAAACAUGACACGGAAGCUGAAUCUGUGUGACCUGGACUUUACCGAUCUCACGUCCGACGACGAUAAGGAUGUGCUUGCGCCCCGGGGCUUUGGCGGAGCGGUGCCUCCCCCACCGCCGCCAGGAGGGCUGAUGCCACCGAUGGGUGUAAUGCCACCGCCACCGAACAUGAUGAUGCGACCACCCCCGACCAAUCUAAUGCCGCCGAUGUUCCCCAACGGAGGACUUUCCAACCCGGCAGCCAUGACCAAUGGGGACCUGAGCGGGACGAACACCAUCAUCAAGAACAAAAAGACUGUAAAACUUUUCUGGAAGGAAGUUCGCGAGGAUAUGAUUCCGGCAACGAUACAGCGCACCAUUUGGGACGAGCUGCCGGAGGCCACCGUGGACACCCAGAAGUUGGAGCAUUUGUUCGAAUCCAGAGCCAAAGAUCUGAUGACAAAGGAGAAACAACAAGAACUCAACAAAAACAAAGAAAUCAUUGUGUUGGAUCACAAGCGAUCCAAUGCUAUCAACAUUGCAAUGACCAAGUUGCCUCCGCCACGGGCCAUCAAGGCAGCGAUACUGAAAAUGGACUCCACAGUCGUGACUCGCGAGGGCAUUGAGAAGCUCCUGAACAUGCUUCCGAGCGAUGAAGAGCGGUGUAAGAUCCAGGAAGCUCAGAUGCUUAACCCCGAGCUCCCACUGGGAACCGCUGAGCAGUUCCUGUUAACUCUGUCUUCCAUCUCGGAACUUGGCGCUCGUCUCAAGCUGUGGGCCUUCAAGCUAGACUUUGAGAACAUCGAGAAAGAAAUCGCCGAACCACUGAUGGAUCUUAAGCAGGGCGUUGAACUGCUCAAAGCGAACCUCACGUUUAAAUGCAUCCUAUCUACGCUGCUGAAAAUCGGUAUCUUCCUGAACGGAGCUCCGGUAAAGGGAUUCCAAAUCGAUUACCUGGCAAAGGUACCUGAAGUGAAGGAUACGGUUCAUAAGCACUCCCUUCUGCACCAUUUGUGUCACAUGGUAAUGGAAACGCAAUCAAACACGACCGAUCUGUACUCGGAAAUCGGUCCAAUCACCCGCGCUUCGAAGGCCGACUUUGGCGAGCUGGCUCACAAUAUCACCUACCUGGAAACGGAAUGCAAAGCGUCGUGGGAUCGGUUAAAGCUGAUCAGCAAACACGAUACGGCACCUCAUCUGAAGCAGAAGCUGAUCGAUUUCCUGGCGGAUUGUGCCGAACGGAUCAUCAUCCUCAGUAUAGUGCACAGGAGGGUUCUUAAUAGGUAUCGAAAGUUCCUGCAGUGGCUGGGAGUUCCUCAGCAUCGGAUAGCCGAAUCUCGACCGAACGAGUUCUGCCGGAUCGUGUCGGAGUUUGCGCUGGAGUACCGCACCACCCGGGAACGCGUCCAGCAGCAGAUCGAAAAGAAGGCGAAUCACCGAGAGAGAAACAAGACUAGAGGCAAGCUGAUUGUUGACGUAGGCAAAUUUAAGGGAACUCAAGAGGACCGCGCUGAUGUAGAGCUAAGAACUCUUCUCGGGACGCCAACCAAGGGACCCGGUGGUGAGGAAGUGGAGAUGAGUGGAACUCUGACCUGGAGGCGAAGGCGAGGUGAUACCACGGCCUCUCCAGUCACCCUCAUGAACUCCAGCGCCACCAGUACCCUGAACAGCAGCUACACCGGAAGUUUCCACAACCGGGACGAAAGCUUCACCGACGGGGACGAUGAGAUAUUGGAAUCGCUGGUCAAAACGGCAACCAAAGCGGCCACCCCAAGACCCACACAGCGGGAACGGAAACGUACCCGACAGGCGGAUCGAAAGUCGUUAAGACGAACUCUGAAGAACGGAUUAUCGGAGGAGGAAAAGCAACACGUUGCCUCGUUGAUAAAAGGAUACUAGAGCUGGAGCUUGGGGCCCGAAAGCGAACGACCAAUAUUCAAACCCGUGGCAAGCAACGGGAUAAAGCUGGAUUCUUUCGCUCUGUGAAGUGUGAAGACGCUAACUAGGUACGAACGAUGACGAGAACGAAGACGGGCUCUAGGAUGAAGAAGACACGAGGGCAAAAGGCACUGGAAAAUGUGAUAGAAAACUAGAGCUUAACGAAUUGUUAGGAAAAUAGAGCAAACAAAAAACACAACAAAAAUUAGGAAACCAACUUUGAAAACAGGCAGUGACAUGCGAAAUGAAAGUUUCCGAGAGGUUUCUUUUUUCUGCAACAAGAUGGAAGUUUUUCGACGAAGAAACUAGUCUUUCCUCAUUUGAUAAUACAAUGCAACGACGCUGUUAACAUCGAGAGGAAUUCUUUAAAACAAUAAACAGAGAACCAUUUCAGACUGUUGAUAGCGAAUAUAAAAUGAUGAAAUUCACUACACACUUCGAUGUAAGUUUUAACUCUAAACAGAACACUUUACAAUAUUGUGAAGAAUAGAUUUUCAAAUAUGAAAGAAAAGAACACUAAUUUAACUGCAACAAAAGCAUUGUGAAAACAGAUUUUCCAAAAUUUAUAACACUUCACUAGGUAUCCAAUGAAUCAAGAAAUGUAACAUUUCAUAAAACUGUAGAUGAAAAGUAGUGCAACAUACUCAAACUACAAUAUAAAUUAUUGAGAUAUAUCAAAGAUUUACGAAAAAUAGACCGUACUUUAAUAA